AUCAUGUGACACUUCCUUCUUAAAUAUGAACCAGGAAAACGCAGUGCAGUGAAAGCGCGUCCAACAGAGAAGAAGCGAUGAGUCCGACUGUGCAAGGCGUGAUGCUGGUGAACCUGCUGCUCGUCCUCCUGUGUGCCGGGGCAGCAGCCAUGUUUGACAGCAGACUGGAUGUACAUUGGGAGCUGUGGAAGAAGACACACGAGAAGAAGUACCACAAUGAGGCGGAGAAUGUGCGCCGCAGAGAAUUGUGGGAGAAGAACCUGAUGCUCAUCACCUUGCACAAUCUAGAGGCCACCAUGGGCUUUCACAGUUAUGAACUGAGCAUGAACCACAUGGGAGACCUGGGUGCUUGCGGUUCCUGUUGGGCCUUCAGUGCAGCAGGUGCCCUGGAGGGCCAAUUAGCCAAGAAAACUGGGAAUCUGGUGGACCUCAGCCCCCAAAACCUGGUGGACUGUUCAAAUAAAUAUGGCAACAUGGGCUGCAACGGAGGCUACAUGCACAAAUCCUUCCAGUAUGUCAUUGACAACCAAGGCAUCGACUCUGAUGCGUCAUACCCGUACAUAGCACAAGAGCAACAGUGCAAAUACAACCCCACGUACCGUGCUGCCAAUUGCUCCAGUUACAGCUUUCUCCCUGCCGGAGAUGAGGGGGCUCUGAAGGAGGCGAUCGCCACCAUAGGACCUAUUUCAGUGGCGAUUGAUGCCACACGGCCAACAUUCUCUUUCUAUAGAAGCGGAGUGUAUGAUGACUCGAGCUGCAGCCAGAUGGUAAACCACGGCGUGCUGGCUGUGGGCUACGGCACCCUCGAUGGUCAGGACUACUGGCUGGUGAAGAACAGCUGGGGAACAUCUUUCGGAGACCAGGGUUACAUUCGGAUGGCACGCAACAAGAAGGACCAGUGUGGCAUCGCUCUGUGGCCUUGCUAUCCCAUAAUGUAGCUGCAGAUGGAACUGAACUGAAUCUGUAAAAAAAAAAAAAACUGUCUUUUUCUUAAUGUGUAUUUUUACAGUUUUUAUAUUAAUUUUAACUUCUUACUACACAAGUCACAAAUUCCAAGUCUUUAAAUACUAAGGUUUUACAACAGCAUUUUGGGGGAGUAUUUUUGUAAACAUAUCUUGAAUGAAUCGGUUUAUUGUCGGCGCGUGGUCACUGAACUUUUUGUUUUAUCAAAGUGUGUGCAUUUGUCUGACUGUACGUGUGUGUUUUUUGAAUUUGUAAUAAAGAGACAGCUGUGUUCCUCUCUGA